AUGGUAUGGAAUCCAUAUUUGUACAAAACAAAAACGAAACACUUAACAAGACCUCCAACGCCUCCACUUUUCACUUUUGAAAAAAAGAAUAAAGAAUGUGAGAGAACUGCUUCUGAUUUAAAAAUCGAAACGAUCUUACCAAAACCAACGCCACAACCAGAAAAAGUCGAAAUUUUGCCGGAACGAAAAGAAGAACCUCCCAAAAUCACAACCCCAGAUUUGGAAAAAUUGGCACGUCCACCUAUUAAAGUUUGUCACGUUAAAGCACAACCACUUUCUGUGAGUAAAAUGGUGUUACCCGAAUUUAAAAAUGAAAGCACAAAAAAAGGAGAAGGAAAUCAAGUCGACGAAAUCAUUAAAAAACAACUCAGUGUUAUUAACGCAACACCAACACUCUCAUUAUCGUCGUUCGGUGGACCAACAUCCCCAAGAAUACUCGGACAAGCAAUUGAGACCCCGUCACCUAGAAAUCCACGCGACUUGGGAGUUCUCACAAAAAGUCCAUUACUCGACGUGCCACAAAGUCAAGUCGCUCCAAAGUCUUCACAUGUCAAAUUAGAAAAGUUCGAUAGUGAAAGUUCUCUAGAGAGUCCUGAAGAAAUGGGAGAUACAAAUGACUCAUCGCUUCGUUCGUAA